ACCCUGCAGUUAGUCUGCAAGGCAAGGUUUUCAACAGGCUGUGCCAUGGAUGUGUUAUAAUAACGAGUUGUACAAUCAAAUGCUUUAGUUUAAAGACAUUUAACUACAGUUUAUAUCGUGGUUUGUGUGACCGUCUGUCUUUAAUAGACGGGAAGUGACGCAAAUCUCGCAAAAUACCGCGAAUUAUAAACACUUUUUGGAUAAAUGGCGACCGGUGGUUGUAAACGGUUCCCCUCGAAUGGGUGUUUUGAUGAGGAUCUUAAAGGUUUCGAGGAGGACACGAUGACAAAGUUCGUCGUUUGGACAAAAGACAAGGCUUUUGGUGUGGACGACCCCAAACCGGGAUCCAAAAAGAUCAUGUGGGAGCUCCAGUAUGUUCCCUUUGACGGGGUGCCCUUCAUGGUGGUGGGCAGGAGGGUCUACUCCUGUCACCAAGGGGUGGACAAGCACAAGCACGACAAACAGACACGACAACUACAACUGCUUGAUGACCACUCAGACCACUGUUAUAAAAAGAGACGGAGUCUCCUCAAAGACACGAAGAAACUGGACUGCCCAGCCAGGAUAUACGUGGUUCAUCUGAUCAGAUUCCCCGAUUACAAGAUACCCGAUGACGUUCAUAAACAGAGGAAGGAGUGUGCCGGGCGUCUGAGACGCGCUUUAACAACAAACCCGUCUGAAGUGAAGUCUGAGGAGCAAUACGUCGCAUGUUUCCCGGGGAUCGAGGAGCACAAGAACCAUCCUGUGGUAAGAGAGGGGCCGGUGGACCGGAGUUCCUCUUCUCCCAAAGACGGCAGCAAGACGAGGAAAAAGCAAAAGUGCGGUAUCUUGCUGCGGCAAAUCUCCGAUCUCACGCCCCGUCUGCAGGAAGAGCCGUUUCUGGACUCGUUGAUUGUGCGACUGAACGACCUUCUGGAGGAUGUGAGGCGUCAUUCCCCUAAAGAUGACACCCUCCCCCUGUCUGACACCCCUCCAUCCAAAACCGUUAGAUACCUCAAAUCCGUCAGCAUGAUCCCCAAAAAAAGAAAAAACCCCGGACGGUUCGGUCGCCCUGCUAAAGCGAAGAAAAGCCAGCUUCAAGCUUUAAAUGCAGAUGUAAUGUAGUUUUUUUUUUUUUGUGUGCAUUGGGGUUGAAUAUUUUUGAAAACAUCCUCACAAUGUUAUUCGCAAUGUUUCGUAAUUAGAUCGUCAUCAGCUGAGCGAAACAUCGCCAGCUGAAUUUUACCUUUCUUAAAAUUAAUUAAAUGUACCUUUUUACGUGUAAGUUGGGACAUUGUAGCCUGGCUCCGCCCUCCAACGUACUUACUUCCGCUCAAUUUGUAUUUUCCUUCAGUACACCGUCUGGGUUUGCGGUAUAUUUUUUGGGGUUUUCUCCGGCCGAUCGUUACCGGUCCAAUCAGCAGACAGAGGGAGUGGCCGAGAACGAUGACGUUGAGGUUGUGCGCUAGUUUGAGUUCCGUAAACUAGCGCACAAUGAAAGAUGCGAGUUGUGGCCGUCCUCCUCACGGGGUUUGGGAAAAGUUGAAUUUUCCAGCUCGCUCCGUUAGUGGUGAAGGAGU